ACCCAAUAUUAAUUGUCGAGAGCCCACCCCCUUCCCUUCUCACUGACAUCGUAACUCUCUCCUCUCCAUCGAUCUCGCUCCAUCUGCUCGCCGUCGCUCUAUAUGCUCGUCAUCACCGUCGAUUCGUCUGCUCGUCGUCACCGUCGCCCAUCUGCUUUCCGUCACCGUCGAAGUGCCCCGCCAUUCAAGAUCUGAAAUCCCCAAUACAGGGUGCUUUGCGGCAUUUCGUUCUCCAAAACUUUAGCAAACUGGUGGAUGCCCUGAGAUGAGUAGUUAUCUACAAAGUGGAUGGAUCCUGAAGAGUACAAAGUCUAAGGCAUUUUAUGUAAAGGUUCAUUAGUUGAGGAUGAUUUUUCCAAGAAAGAAAAGAUCGCGGCUUUCAGGCCGAUCUAAAGAACAUUAUGUUGAUAUUGCACCUGAGAUCUUACAAGAAGAGGACGAAGAAGUACCAGAUGACCUAUUUACAGAGGAGUCGAAUCAAACUAAAAGAAAGAGGGGUCCUACUAGAAUGAAGACAAUUUCCACAAAUGAUGGUCAACGAAUUGAGAUUGAAUGGAAUGAAAACGGCCAGUUUAUUGGUGACGGAUCUAUUGACUUAUCUUCUUACAUGGGUUCUUUGGUCCGAGAGGUUGUCCCUAUAACAUUUGAUACUUGGAAGGAUGUUCCUAAGAAAACAAAGGACAUCCUAAUCAAGGUAAUAUGCAGAUAAGUCAAUUCUGAUCCCUCUACUUCAAGAUCACAUAUAUCAGUAGUUGUGAAGUCCAUAAGAGAAGCAAGAAAUUGGAAAGCAAGGCUUCGUCUAAAACCAAAUAAUGUCAAAUUAAUUCAAGAUUGGAAGACUUCCCUUGCAAAGUGACAAAAGCGAAACAUUCAGAGAGAUGAAGUCUAAGCAACUCCGCACACAUGUAGUCGCAAGGGAUAUGAAAAGAAAAAGUGUAGACCCUUCUCUAGUUUCUAGAGGUGAUGUUUGGAUUGCAGCACAUACUAAAAAGGGUGGUGGACCAUCCAAUUUGCUUGCUGCAGAGACUAUUGAAAAAAUUAAGCAAUAUGGAAAUGGAUCAUCAUCUGGUUUUCGAGGUGACGUUCUUUCCAAAGUUUUUGGUGCUGAGCGACAUGGUCGUGCAAGAGGAGUUGGAGGUGGUGUUCCUCCUACAAAGCUUGGAAUAUUUUCACAACAAAAAUUGCGUAAUCACCAAAUGGAUGAAAAGGUGCACAAUUUAACUAAUCAGGUCAGAGCACUGACAGAAUUGGUGUAUCUUUUUAUGAAAAAUCAGGGUAAUGAUCUACCAAGUGAGGCAUCUCCUGACACACAGGUUGCAGCUCCUGAGGCACAUGUUGAUACUGUCGCAAGAACUGAAACUUGUCUUUCCCAUUGCGCAACAAAUGAAUCGUGGUGGCGAGGUUAUUUCUGAAAACAUUGAAACAUCGUGGUGUACCAGAUGGUUUGAUUAUAAGACACCUUCCUUUUGGUCCACCAACUUAUUUAUAACUGCUAAAUGGUACGUAGUGUGAUAAUUUUCAAAUAUUUUGAUAUUAAGACAGGUGUAGGACAACAUAGAAAUUCUUAGGGCCUUCAGCAACAAAAUUAUGAAAAAGUGAGUGAGAUACAAUUAAAAAAAUGAAAGAGAAGGAUCAUGAUUCAUGAUCUAAAGGUUUGAAUAGGGUAGAAAGGAUUUAGUUUCGUUGUUAAAAUCGAUUGUGAGUCUAUUGUUAUUGUAUUGUCAAUUUGUUUAUUUACUUGAACUUCCUAGUAUCAAUUUGGUUCGAUAUAUCUAGCACCACCAUAGAUAUAUCUAGUAUCAAUUUGGUUAGAUAUUGUCAAUUUGUUAUUGUAUUGUCAACUAUAGAAUGUGCAUCAGUUGUAAAAGGAACAAAACAAUUCAGAUUUUUUGUUUAUGUCCAAACUUAGAAUUGUAUUGUAAUUGACAAUUUCUACUAAUUAAUUUAAAGUAUUUGGAGUUUAAUAUGUUUA